ACGGGAUAUUUCGUCCACGAACGGGCACAGUGUGCGCAAGCGCCCCUUCUCCUCCUCCUCCUCCUCCUCCUCUUCCACCCGCCGACGGAUGAUGGCGGUCUUCACCGGCGAUGAAACUGCAACGGCAGCGGUGGCGGUGGCGGUGUGCGGCGGAAGGGGCGCCGGCCGGAGCCGCCGCGCGGUCCGGUGGGCCGCGGAGCACCUCGUCCCCCACGCCCACCGCGUCGUCCUCGUCCACGUCAUCCGAGCCGUCACCUCCAUCCCCUCUCCAUCCGGGGAGCGUGUUCCGGUGGACCGCCUGGGAAAAGACGUGGUUGAGAUGUACGUGCAGGACCUGAAGUCGAAGGCUCAGCAGGUGUUAUUCCCGUUCAGAGAACUCUGCGGCACUAGAAACGUGGAGACUUUGGUACUGGAAGGGGAGAAUCCUGCUGCUGCUCUGUUGGAAUAUGUUUCGAUUUCGGGAACUAAGAACUUGGUUUUGGGAUAUUCAUCAUUUCGGUUUCGAAGGAUAUUGAAGGGCCCAGAUGUGCCAACUACUGUUCUGAAAUUUUCUCCAGAUUAUUGCAACAUUUUUGCUGUGUCACGGCGCAAGCUCAUCAUGAAAUUUGCUAAUCAAGUCUCUGAUGAUCCCAGCAUUAGCACCCAUAUACAAACAAUCAAAGGCAAGCUAUUUGUUCAAAGACGUGGUACAUUGCAUUCUCGAGCCCUCAGCGAACCAAGUUCGUCAAUUUCUGUUAGAAGUUUUGAAACUUUACCUUCUAUUGGAGGACACGAGGAAGGAGAACUAAAUAACAAGAAUUAUGGCUUUCUGGCCUCUAUUAAAUACAAAACUUCUUUUAUGUUUCACUCUUCAAGAAAGAACCUUCAGGAUGUGUCUCCAGCUGAAGUUUCAAACUCGAGGAAGGAGUCCCAGAACAUUCUUGCUAUGUAUGAUCAAGUUUGUGAUGAUCUGGUUCAUGCAAAGAAGAAGUUUCAAUCACUUUCUUCUGAAUACUCUGAAGUUGAAAAGAAAUUGAAGAAUGGGUUGGAGAGAGAGAAAGUGUUGGAAGCAAUUAAAGAAGUUGAGGAAGCAAAACAAGUGUCUGUGAAGGAGGCCCAACAUAGACAUAAAGCCGAACUUGUAAGGAUAUCCUCUGAAUUAUCAAAAACAAUAGAUGGUUAUUUCUUAAACAGCAAAUGGUGCCGAAGAUAUUCAAAGAAUGAAAUAGAGGUUGCCACUGAUAACUUCUCCGAAGCCAAGAAAAUAGGAGAGGGGGGUUGUGGGUAUGUCUACAAGUGCAACCUUGAUCAUACCCUGGUAGCUGUCAAGGUUCUUCGACAAGAUGCACGUGACAAGGAAGCGGAGUUUCUUAGAGAGGUCAAAAUUCUUAGCCAAAUUCAUCAUCCUCACUUGGUCUUAUUGCUUGGGGUCUGCCUUGAGAGCGGUUGUCUUGUAUACGAGUACAUGGAAAAUGGAAGUUUAGAUGAUCAUCUAUUCAAUAGGGAUGGCAAAAGGCCACUCCCAUGGAUAAUUCGAUUCCGAAUUCUCUAUGAAGUAGCUUGUGGACUUACUUUUUUGCAUGGCAACAAGCCUGAGCCCAUUGUUCACCGUGAUCUGAAACCCGCAAACAUUUUGUUAAAUAGGAAUUAUGUUAGCAAGAUUGGAGAUGUUGGACUAGCAAAGCUCCUCUCUGAUGUGGUGCCUGAUGGUCUCACAGAAUACAGAGAAACCAUUCUUGCUGGUACAUUCUUUUACAUGGAUCCUGAAUAUCAACGAACUGGCACCGUUCGGCCGAAGUCCGAUUUGUAUGCCUGGGGGGUGAUUGCGCUUCAGUUGUUGACUGGGAAGAACCCAAAUGGUCUGAUAGUAAGUAUGGAAAAUGCAAUUAGAGGAGGAACAUUUUCUGCUGUACUUGACCAAUCAGUAAAAGAUUGGCCACUUGCUGAGGCAGAGAGAUUAGCGAAACUUGCUUUGCAAUGUUCUCGACUGACAUGCAGGGAACGGCCUGAUCUUGAUUCAGAGGUUUUGCCAGAACUCGAAGAUAUAUUAAACAAGGGAAAUGCUAUUAUUAAUCUGAAGAAACACAACAUCGAUGCACCGAAACAUUAUUUCUGUCCCAUUCUAAUGGAAAUAAUGGAUGACCCCUAUGUUGCUGCUGAUGGUUAUACAUAUGAGCAUAAAGCUAUCAGGGCAUGGCUUGAGAAAUAUGAUAUAUCUCCUGUGAACAAAAUUAGACUUCCUCAUACCUCCAUAAUCCCGAACCAUUCGUUGCGAUUAGCAAUACAAGAAUGGAAGUCUCAUGUAGCAUUCUCAACCUCUUGGAAUUGAGUGAUUGUGCUGUGUCCAUUUUUUUUCGUUUUUGUUUUUGUUUAAAGGAUGCCUGACUGGAGGUCCCUUGUUCUCGAAAUCUUUGGUGUAUGUAAAAUAGUGUGCAUUUUAUGACAGUAGUCAUAAUUCUUUAUGCUGUCA